UGCAAGGGCUUCCACAAAAUAAGGAGCCUCCUGUUACUUCUUCCUCCAUUAAACUAGAACCUUCCAUUGCUAGCUCAAAAAAACAAAGCUUGUGGCUUUGUAUCUUUUUCUGUUGGCUUUGACCAAUUAGGGUUUUUCUAGGGUUUUAGUAUUAUAAUCAAGAACCCUUUUUUUUUUUUGACUUCCUUUCCAGUGUAGUGAAAUGGUCAGGUCCAAUGGUGUUCGUCUUGUUCAUCGCCUUGCACGCUGCACCUUUUCUUCUGCUGCUGGAUCUUUGUUAAAGGGUGGUUGUAGGGGGUACAAUACAGCAGUGUGUUAUCAAUCAAGGGGUUUGUUUUAUUUGAAUUCUAAUUAUGGGAGCAGAGAAAGGGAUUGGUUAAGACUUGGAUUAUUCAAAGGCAAUUUUGGUGCCACCAGAUCAAUUCAUGGAACAGCCAUGAGUUCGAAAGAUUUUUAUGAGGUUCUUGGCGUCAAUCGAAAUGCAACUGCCUCUGAAAUCAAAAAAGCAUAUUAUGGGCUUGCAAAGCGACUGCAUCCAGAUAUGAACAAAGAUGAUCCAGAAGCCGAAAAAAAGUUUCAAGAAGUUUCAAAGGCUUACGAGGUUUUGAAGGAUGAUAAAACACGUGAACAAUAUGAUCAGCUUGGCCAUGAUGCAUUUAAUAACAUGAACAAUGGUGGAGGUGGAGGUCCUGGAUUUGAUCCGUUUGGUGGCUUCAAAAGUCCAUUUGAAGACAUUUUUAGAAAUGCUGAUAUUUUUGGCAACAUCUUUAACAGAGACAUGGGAGGAGAGGAUGUCAAGGUUCCGAUUGAACUAUCCUUCAUGGAAGCCGUUCAGGGGUGCUCUAAGACUAUUACAUUCCAAACAGAUUUGCCUUGCACUGCUUGCGGUGGAACUGGUGUGCCUCCUGGCACUAAACCUGAAACUUGUAAGCGCUGCAAAGGUUCUGGUGUGUCAAUCUCUCAAACUGGUCCUUUCACCCUUCAGACCACUUGUCCUUCAUGCAAAGGAACAGGGAAAAUUGUAUCGAGUUUCUGCAAGUCUUGCAAGGGAAACCGUGUAUUACGAGGACCAAAGACAGUGAAAGUGGAUAUCAUGCCUGGAGUAGACACCGAUGAGACACUCAAGGUGUAUGGAAGUGGUGGAGCAGAUCCUGAAGGCAAUCGACCUGGAGAUCUUUACGUUGUUUUUAAGGUCAGAGAAGAUCCUGUUUUCCGUAGAGAGGGCUCUGAUAUUCAUGUAGAUGCUGUUUUGAGUAUCACCCAGGCAAUCUUGGGAGGAACAAUCCAAGUCCCAACUCUGACGGGAGAUGUUGUUGUUAAGGUUCGCGCUGGCACUCAACCUGGUCAAAAGGUCGUCCUCAAAAAGAAAGGAAUAAAAGGACGGAAUUCCUACUCAUUUGGAGAUCAGUUUGUCCACUUCAAUGUCAGCAUUCCCACAAACUUGACACCAAGACAGCGUCAAUUGAUUGAGGAGUUCGCCAAGGAAGAGCAAGGGGAAUACGAUAAAGGGGCUGCAGCAGGAGCCUCAAGGUGAGGGCACAAUACACGAGGUAGGUUAGGGGGAUAUAGGCGCGAGUUAAAGUAUGUACUAUCAAAUAUUCUUUCUCAUGAGCUGGGAAACUUAGCCAGAGCAAUUUUGGGGAGUGAUCAUCGCCAUUUUAUCCGUUUCCUUUUAACAUUCGGGCGAGGGUUUAAUUGUUGCUUGAAGGAAGGGACUGGUUGGUUAUAGCAUCGUUAUUGUGACAUCAAGAUAAUGUAGCAUUUGAUCUGCAACUUAGUGUUGUAUAUAAAUAUGAAACAAAUAAAUGUUUCUGGAGGACAGUGAAAUACUUCCAUGACGUUGAUCCUCAAA